GGGUUAGCAGCCUGGCUGGCCGUAGUACGUUUGUCUUCCUUCUUGUUGUUCCAGGUGUCCAGAUAAUGGUCUGCUAAUGCUUGAACCAAGUCGCAACAAUACGCACGCAUGUGUAUGUGUGUAUGCAGAAAUCAUUCUCCUUCUCUUUGGCUUAUGUGCUGUUGAUUUUUGGAGGUCAGUAUGUCAUGAAGGAGCGGAGAGGCUACAACCUACGCAUGCCACUAGCCCUGUGGUCCUUCAGCUUGGCCUUGUUCAGUAUCCUUGGUAUUAUGAGGACUGGGGAGUACAUGAGAUUCCGCCUCUCCACCAGUGGAUUUAAGCAGUCAGUGUGUGAUCGAGGCUUCUAUACCGGUCCCAUCUGCAAGUUCUGGGCAUUUUUGUUUGUCAUGAGCAAAGUCCUGGAAUUGGGUGAUACUGUGUUCAUUGUUCUCCGGAAACAAAAGCUCCUGUUCCUACACUGGUACCACCACAUUACGGUGUUGAUGUACUCCUGGUAUGCAUAUAAGGACAUGGUGGCUGGUGGUGGCUGGUUCAUGACCAUGAAUUACGGUGUCCAUGCCUUCAUGUACUCUUACUACACAGUGCGGGCAGCAGGCCUGAAGGUGCCCCGCUCACUGGCCAUGGUGAUCACCUUCACACAGAUCCUGCAGAUGGUGAUGGGCACCACUGUGACCAUCUUGGCUUACUCCUGGAUGCAGGAUGAAAACUGCUACACCUCUUGGAGACAGAUCUUCUGGUCAGCCAUGAUGUACCUCAGCUACCUGGUGCUUUUCUGCCAGUUCUUCCGUGAGGCGUAUUUUAGGGGGAGGGGCAAGACAAAAGGGGAUUAAAGUUGGGGUCGUGGCGGGUUGUAGCUGUGGGUUUGGGGACUCUUACUUCCUUUCUGUGGUUCACUGAGAGUUGGGAAGUCUUGAGGGGGUGGGAGGAAGCUGCUCACUAAAAACAUCUGCUGUUGGAGUCUUAGAAGACCCUGGUGUUUACCUCUGUGGGGGAGCUGUUCAUCUGGCUAUCUAGUCGAAGGUUGAGUGCUGGGGAUGGUUUGGGAAGAGGCCAGCAAUAGUAGGGGAAAGCUGGAAGAGGGGUGUUGAGAACCCUUAAUUGUGACAUUUUUCAGGUUGUCUCCCCUUGGCUCCCAUCCUUCUGGGUCCCAGUCUUUCCCUUGCAGGAUUCCAGUCUUCUGUCCUGUUCUAGGAGGAAAAUCUUUCCUAGGGGAGAGGAGUCUGCUCCCUCCAGGGGGUGGUUUCAUGGAAAGGGAUGGUAGUGAAUAUGCUGAGCCUGUUGCACAGUUGCUGUCUGGCAGUUCUGCAGCCAGAAGUCAGCUCCUGUUGCCAGUACGAGGAAGCCCCUUUCUGCUCACCAGCUUGUUGGUGCUGGCGGUUGCUGUACGAGGCAGGAGCAGUGGUUGCAUUUAAAUAGGAAAUAUUCCCAUUUCCUCCAGUCCUGUAAUCUGUCUCCUGCCAUGGAGUAGGGUUGGGGCAACCACUAAUAUCUUGGUCCCCCUGUCUGAUUUAAAGGCUUGGGGGAGCUUGAACUACUGACCUCAAGGCUUUCCUUCUCACUCCAGCAAGCUGGUUUGGUUCAGCAUUUGCUUUUCCUCCUAAAUGACAUGAAGGACCACAUUUCCUCCUGGGUUAAUAGUCCCACUGGGAUGAGGGGACUCUCUCCAGGUGAUCCAGUGCUUAUCUAAACUCCUUCUGCAGGGGCAAAUGAAGAUCCCACUCCAUCUCCCAUAUGCUACCAGUGGGAGGGGGGUGGAAUAUGAAAAGCCCAGCAUCUGCUACAAAAAGCCAGAGUCCAAAGCAAUUAGCUCAGAAAUUGACCUUACCCCCAUGAUGGUAUUGUUUAAGUCCUCAUAAAAUUCUCUUACUUGUGCUCACAACAGCACAAAUGCCCAUGCCUGGUGUUCUGGUUUAGACAGAGCCUCUCAGAUAUGUACUACAAGAAAGUAACAUUUUUCCCUUCCUUGACCUGGUGAUUACCUCUGCUUUGAAACAGAGGAUGGCCAGAGACUGUGGCAUGCUGGACUGUGCUCUUGGAGCCCUUAUUAAGGCCUCCCUGAGAUUGGAGGGGUGUUCCAUGAGUCACCUUUGGGUCAAUGUGCACUGGCUGCACUUUAAAAUACUGCUGGCUGUUUUAAUCUAUGAGGAACCUCUCGGGUUUGGAUGAUGGCAGGGCUACUGAUAUAUCUCGUCAGUGGCAGGAACUUCAAAUUUACUCACUCGCUGUGUGAGAGACUUGAGGAUAGGACAAGGAACAAGGCAUUUGGACACAGGUAGCUUAUGGGGCCUUGGGCAAGUUGCUUCAUCUCUCUGUGCAUCAGCUCUGCACCUUUAAAUGGGGAUGGGUCAGCCCUCCCUCCCAGAAGGGUGGAGAUAUAAAACUGAAGAUGAAUGUGAUGUAAAACCAGGUCACUGCAACCUGGCCUGCCCUGUUUCUUUCUUCUAGGGGCUUCAUCUUCCAAGCAAAGCAGCUGUGAAAUGCAGGAGGCGGCUGUGCAGGUGCAGAAAAGUCUUACCAUGUUCCCGGACAGGGCUGAAACCAAGGGAGCACUUGGCUUCAGCCAAGGGAGGGCAAAGCCAGGGAGCACUUGCUCUGUUUUGCAUUCCUUUAGUUAAUUUGUGUAACAUUUAAAUCUUGCCUCUUCCUCCUAAAAGCCAGAGUGGUGAAGCCCCUUUUCCUUAUGCCACACGCCCCCUCUGUAACCAAAGGUAACCAGAGUCUGUACCCUUGUACAAAAAAAGAUAACGUAAGUGUGGAAGGGCACUAAUUUCAUUUGCACAAGCAGGGCAACAAACCAGGAACCUGGGCCCUCCCCAGGCUUAAGCUGCUGUUUUAAAUGACGAAAUCAGCUUGCUAAUGCUUCCUCCUUUCUUGGCAACUUCUGCUGAUUAAGCCUAGACUGAGGCAAUGUAGCCUUUCCCGGCUGAAUAGCCAAAGCUAAGGUCACCCCAUACUGAUCUCAGCAGUUUAAACAUGUAUACUAUGGAUCAGUCUGGAACAGUGGUGCCCAACCUUUUCAUCCUGUGUGCUAGAUGAGUGGAGUGGGGUGGGGCUGGUCCACAUGCCAGGAUCAGACCCUGGGGCUGGCACCACCCCCUCCCAGUGCUCCACAUGGCAGGAUUGGGGCCUGUGGCCCUGCACACUGAGAUUGGGGCUCCUUAUGGUUCUGGAAAUUUGGUGGCAGGGGAGCAGUGCUGCUAUGGCCGUGCCACCAAAUUUCUGAAACUAUGGGGAGCCCUGGGGGCUGGAUGAUGCAGGGCUGCAGGCUGGAUUUGGUCACAGGCCAGAGGUUGAGUACUCCUGGUUUAGUAGCAACUGCAACUAAGAGGCUUGUCCUGCAAUCUCACCCUGCACUCCCUCCCCCUUCCCUGGUGCUAAAAGGCCUAUCCACCCAGAUGGAGCUCUCAGCUGCUAACAUGGAGGUGCAGUUAUUUGUUGCAGAGGUCUGCUGCCAGGUGCAAACUGGAUGGCCAUUGAGCAGGAAGUGAAUGCAAUGCUAAUUCAUUUUUUUUCCCAUGAAAUAACCCAUUUAAUUUACCAGAUGCUACCUGCAACCUGCCUCAGCAGCAUUCUGUAGAACACAGGUCUAGCCCACCCCAGAUUGUACAGGGCUGUGCACACGGUUUGAGAGCUGCUGUUGGAAGUUAAAGGUGAGGAAGAAACAGUGUCUGCGUCUUGCAGGUUUGCUACAGCUGGGAUUUGCAAAGCAGCCACUAGACAACAAAAAGCAAAGUUCUGUGGACCAGAUGUAUGUACUACUGGAAGCACAUCUGAAACAGUCACUAUGUGAUGUAUAAAUUUGGUUAAUA